AGUCGGCUUCCGGAUGAGGUGAGUCUGAAUGCGGUGUCGAGGGCGCUAGAGGCAGGAGCACCUGUAGACGGCGAGGAAGGAGCCUUAGUUACACCCCUGCAGCAUGCCGCCGUUACCUCCAACCUCUGCCUCGCCAGGAUCCUCUGUGACAACAACGCCAAUCUUGAGCUUAGGUCUAGUCUCCAUGGAGGAAGGACGGCGAUGCACCUGGCUACGGUGUCUGGGAACGAGGCUAUGGUGCAACUCCUUGUUGCUAUGGGUAGCAAAGUUGAUUCCAAGGACGACCAAGAUAAAACACCGCUAACACGUGGCAGCAGAGACUGGUAAUGAGGCCCUUGUAGAACUAAUGCUGAGUUGUGGGUCUCCCGUCGAUCCCAAAGACGUAACAGGUUUCACUCCGGCCCAGUACGCUGCUAGAGAAGGCCACACUCGUGUCUUAGAAUUGCUCAUAGCCCACGGAGCCAGCCUUCACACACUUGACCAAGAUGAGGCGACACUGCUCCACCUGGCCGCCGAG